AUGAGGUUUCUCUGGCACGAGGUCCUCACUGGGAGCGAAACUCAACCUGACAGGUUUUCUCCCACGUAUCCCCCCCAUGAGGGCUGUGCGUGGGAGAAGCCGUGUGAGCGGGGGGGCUGGGCACGGCGUCAUGCUGUGGGGUCCCUGCGAGCGGGACUGGCCCCCAGGCCUCCCGGCGUGGUCCUGGGCUUGCUGUACCUGCAGUCCCGCCAGCACCGCCCGUCCCGGUGUGCAAGUCCCACAGGCGAGUCGCUGGAGGAGGUCGACCUGACCCUGGUCUACCAGGCGGCAGCGAGCGGCGACGUCGGGGCCCUGACGGCCGCCAUCCGGGAGGACCCGUCCGUCCUCGAGUGCUGCGACGGCGAAGGGUGCACCCCGCUGAUGCACGCCGUGUGCGGGCGCCAGGCGGACACCGUGCGGCUGCUGCUGAAGAUGGGCGCCGACCUCAACGCCCAGGACGCCCGCGGCCGCACCAGCCUGUGCCUGGCCGCCUACCUGGGGUGGCUGGACGGCUGCGUGAGCCUGCUCAGGAACGGGGCCAAGCACAGCAUCCCGGACAAGAACGGCCGCCUGCCGCUGCACGCGGCCACGGCGGAGCCCGACGCCAGGCUCCUGGCAGUCCUGGUGCAGCAGUCCAGCCUCGGCGAGGUCAACCACCAGGACAACGAGGGCAUGGCGCCCCUGCACUGGGCGGCCUUCCACAACCAGCCCCAGCACGCCCAGCUGCUGCUGCGGAAGGGCGCCGACCCGGCCCUGGCUGACAAGGACUUCAAGACGGCCCUGCACUGGGCCGUCCAGAGCGGGAACCGGACGCUGUGCGCCCUCAUCCUGAGCCACCGCCAGGGUCCCGCCCUGGUCAACUGCGACGACGAGAGCGGCAAGACCUGCGUGCACAUGGCCGCCGCCGCGGGCUUCAGCGACGUGCUGGCCGAGCUGGCGAGGGUCCCCGCGUGCGACCUGCAGGCCCUGGACGUGGACGACAGGACACCCCUGCACUGGGCAGCGGCGGCCGGGCAGGCGGCCUGUGUGCAGGCCCUGCUGGACCUGGGCGUGGACGACGGCCUGCGAGACGUGCACGGCAGCACGGCCCUGGCCUACGCGCUGCGCGGCGGCCACCUGGCCUGCGUCCGGCUCCUCUCCGAGGACAGCAGAGCAGAGCCGGCUCGGCCCCCCCCUGCGCAGCCCGGCAGGCCCCGGAAGAAGGAGGAGGGGCGUCACGGCGUGCUGCACCAGAUCUUCGGCAAGGGCAGGAGAGCAGGGCAGAGGGCCCCCCCGGACGACGGCCGCCCGGACGCCCACCGGGGGGAGCCCCCCUCGGAAGUCGAUGACAUCAUCACCACCUUUGACGGCGUCCUGGGCUCCAACUGCCAGGAGCAGCCCGGGGACCAGGGGCCCAUGGUCGGCUUCAGAAAGAGGACCCCUGAGGACUCGAAACACCUCUGGCGGGAGAAGAGGCCCCCGGCCCGUCAGGGGCUUCCACCAAUCAGAACGCAGAGCCUCCCGCCCAUCGCCGUGGGCAACGGCUUCCCCACGGCCUGCCCUGGGGCCCCCGCCCACGCCGGCCCCCAGCACGCGGGCCCGCCGCCAUCUCAGAAGAGCUGGAGCGAGCAGGACUUGCUGCAUAGCAGGCCGGGCGGCCAGGCGCUGAGGGGUGACCCCCGCGAGGGGCUCUGCCAGGCAUGGCCGGCGGCUGCGGCCGACAGGCUGCUGGACCGGCUGCUGAGCGGCAGACCCUCGCAGCAGGACGCCCCCGGGCCUGCCCGCCUCCCUCAGCUGCACGGCCCGUGGGCAGGGCAAAGCCUCCACCACCUGUCCCCAGACAGAGCCAGAAUCAGGGACCUUCCUUUCAGCCGGAACAGCCUGGCGCCACUGCCCGACCAGAAAUUUCUGUCCGGAGGGCCUCUGCGAGCCAGCCGGGUGCUGCCCGCCAUCCCGAGCCACCGGGGCGCCAGCCCGGCACCGGGAACGGAGACUGAGCGUGGGUCCCACCCGCCAGCCCGGACCACGUGUACGGACCGCGUGCCGGGCCCCGGGCACUGGGCCCUGUUCCUGGUCGUCUGCGUCACUCGGCGACCUCGCGUGGGGCCUCUUCGGGCCGACUGGCUGUCUCCGUGGCAAGGAGACACGGCAGCCGCCGAGUGUGACGGGCAGGACCUGGUGCCGCCUCGGAGGAAGAGGAGGAAGAGGAGGAAGAGCGUUGCUCGGGACAGGCUGCACUCCCGCCUGCGAAGACUCUCUCCCCGGGUCGGCGAGGCCGACCCCCGCGCCACCUGGCUGCCUCUGCACCUGCCCCCCCACGAGGGGACGCCUGCCCUCCACGGCCGCCCGCAGUGUCGGGGGGGGGAGGGGGCGGCGGGCAUCACUGAGAAACAGCCCCCAAGCCUCAUGGGCCGACACUCUCGUCUUCCCGUUCACCGCCCACGUCCCGCCCCGGGCAGCGGGCGGCUGGCUGAGUUCCGCUUCACCACGGCUGCCUCGGUGACCCGCGCUCGGGAGACAGGAGACGGGAGCCUCGUCACCGCCUGGCAGAUCCUGUUUGCCAGCCUGAGUCACAAGUCCCACGGGCGGGUGUGGGAGAUUCUGUGGACGGCCGUCCAAACGGCCCUGGCCAGUAUAGCUCAGCAGAUGGCCUGCGAACCAAAGGAUUGCCGGUUUGAUUCCCGGUCAAGGUGCUGUUUCCGGGAGAAGCGGAACAGUGGUGAGGCCAGGGCGCGGUCUGGUUUCGGGGUCUCGGGCUGCAGCGCAGGUGCAGGUCCCCCCAGGGGCGAGAUGCCGAGGACCCAGCGCCCAGACCUGGACCCGGGGCUGCCUGUGAACGUGGCCGCCGGGGCCUCCGGGGGCUCUGCACAGGGGCCUGUCCCUGCCCUGCGCUCGCCUGGGUGUGGUGUCUGA